UUUGUUGACGUAAAUUUUGUGUUAUGAAAAAUUUAAAACUGAAUUAACCUUUUAUUUUAAACAUCGCAUGCUGAUCUAUAUAAAAGUGCACAAAUGCGAUAAAUGACAGUAUUCCGACACAUUGUGGGUAUCCUUAUAGGCAUACCUAUUGGAAUUGCUUAUAUGAAGGAAGUUGGCUAUGUAGCCAAAGUUGAAGGAGUCUCUAUGCAACCAACUUUAAAUCCAGACGAAAGGAAUCCUGAUUACGUGUUUUUGAAUCGUCUAGCAAUUCGUACUCAAGAUAUUCAGCGUGGUGAAAUAAUAACUGUUAAAUCACCAAAAAUUCCAGAACAAAUUCUGAUUAAACGUGUUAUAGGACUUUCUGGAGAUAUUGUACGCACACACGGUUACAAAAUCGACAUUCUGGAGGUACCCGAAGGUCAUUGUUGGGUAGAAGGAGAUCAUAUUGGUCAUUCUAUGGACUCCAAUACUUUUGGACCAGUUUCCGUUGGAUUAAUAACCGCAAAAGCUACCUCCAUAGUUUGGCCACCUAGCCGUUGGCAAUAUCUUUAUCCUUCCUUGUCAAAUCGUAAUUUUCCAUUGAAUUUAUCAAAGGUAUCAGCUGGAUAAAAU